UGAAAUAAACGAAAUUUGACUUCCGUAUAGUGCGAAACGAACCGGUGCAUAGAUCGCGCUAAAUUUUAAAAUAACGCGCGCUUACCGGCUAAAUUGUUUUUGUUAGAUUUUAACUGUAAAAAAAGUUACAAAUUAUCGGUUUAAUAAAAAAAAAAAACUUUCAGUAUAGGGCUGUGACUCAUAAAAGUAUUUUUUUUUAAUUUUGAUAAAUUUAAAUAGUGACAAUGACAGUUUACAUGAUGUUAAGUGUUUUAAUCUUAAUUUUGGGACUAAAUUUUGGAGUGGCAAUCCAGGACUAUUGCUCCAUGAAUAACUUUGACGGUGCUAAGGGAAACGGGAUGAUGUUUACGAAAGAGGCGAACAACGAAGAGUUUGCUGUGGUGGGAAAGGCCAAGGGGUUGCAUUGUUGUGCCAAGGGAUAUAAAAGUAUUGAAUGGUUCAAAGAUGGAAAACCAUACCCCUGGGGCCUGGACCUAUCAGCAUUCAUAAUAAUAACAGCAAAUGCCAAUCAGACGAUUUACAACCCGAACAUCAAAGAAGGUGACACCGGAAAUUACACGUGUGUCUUAAGGAGCGAUCAGGGAAACGAAACGGAGUUCAGCAGCCACACCAUUAAUUUCAAGGUGUUUGAAAAACUUCCGGACGACCCUCAAAUCACUUACGUCUCCGAAGAUCGAGAAGCCUUCGCUGGAGACCCCUUGAGGCUGUUUUGUGAGGCAUUUGGAGGUAAAGUAGACUUACCGGAUGCUCAUAACGAAGCAGUAUGGCGCAAACAACUCACCAACGGCACAAUAAUCGACCUUCCGGAGGACAACCAAGAAAAAAUCUCGAGAGAGUCCAACCAAAUCUUUGGCACUUACCUACAAUUCCCUAAAAUCGAAGAAGAGCAUUACGGCACAUACAUCUGUGUUAUCACCAAACCGGGAAACACCAUCAACAAGAAAGUCAUACUUAAAAAACGAGAAAAAGUACUGGCAUACAUCGACCCAAACCCAUUUCCUCUAAAACAAAUCCUUACCGUGUCAAUUUUCACCGUACUAGUUCUCACGGCUCUUCUUAUCCUCUAUAAAAAAUACGGUCUUAAAAUCCAGGUAGUUCUAAAGGAUUCUUAUGGAACUGUGGAGGAUAAUGAUGGAAAGAGCAGUGAUGCCAUAGUGGCUUACACCGGCAAGGAUACCGACUUAGUUUUGGGGGUUAUGGUGCCCAACUUGGAAAAGAAAGGUUACAAGGUGGUGCAUAAGGAGAUGAGUCACGACAUUACUCAAUGGACACAAGAACUCUCUCAUCACGCUCAGGCCUCCCGACGGGUAAUCGCAGUUCUCUCUCCUUCCUCUCUCCACUCCUCCUGGUCCUCCUCUAACCUCUACCAAGCACUCAAGCAACUCCAAUCACUCACCGGUCCAAAACUGAUCUGUGUGGCCUUGAAAGAACUUCCAUCGAGCCAAAACGACCCGAAAAACUCCAUCGGCGAAACGUUGGCCACUCUGCUGAAAACGAUGAAGGUGAUCCUGUGGGAACGCAACGAUGCCACUUUUUGGUUGAAUUUGUUUAAAGAAAUGCCCGCUAAGAGAGGUGGAAACGCCUCCAUGGAAAUGGCCACUAGCAGGGCGAGACUGACCUCACAGAGGAGUAUUGACAGUUUGGUAGUGUGAAUAGGAUUAAUGUAAAAGUGGGGCUAAAAAGGCUGUGUAAUAGGGCUCCUAAUGUAAAUAGUAUGCCAGUUUAAUGCGUAGAAUGCCCUUUUGCAGUAUUUGACUUAAUUUUAUGUAUUUUAAACGUGUUUUUUUUGUAUUACUGUCUUAGUCGUAGUUUAUAUGAAAUAUGCGUUUUUUUGUUAAUUUAUUAUUAUUUUUUUAUAAUUUAUUAUGAUUUAGAUGUACUUUUCCGCAAAUAAUGCAGAUCUUUCAAAAGAGACAAAUAGUUGUAAAAUUGUUAUUUAUGGAUAUAAAAGUGUAGAAAUUUGGCUUUUUUCAAAAUGUCUGAAAAGAUUUUGAAACAAGCCUUCAUACUCCGAAUUAACGUUUUUAUACUAUGAAUAUAACAAAAAAAUUAAAAUAUAUUUAAAAACGCAAGAAUUUAGUAUAAGACUUCUAAUAUUAAUCUUGAAACAUUUAUAUUCCUUAACGGUUAAAUACGUUA